CAACUCCACGGCGCUAGGGCUUCGAAGACGCACAGGGAUCAGGACACCCACCUUGGGUCACGGAGCUGCCCCCAUGCAGAGCUCCUUUCUCUCCCGGCCUUCGCCGCUACUAUCGCUGUUGCUGCUGCUGCUCCUGCCCCUGAGGUCAGGGUGGGCCCAAGCCCCCACCGGAACAACCCUCUGGGGAUCCCCGGGCGGCCCGGACUGCCCGGAGGCGUGCGCGUGUAUCCCGGGCGGCCAGGCCAACUGCUCUGCGCUAGCGCUGCCCGCCGUGCCCGCGGGCCUGAGCAGGCGCGUGCGCGCACUGCUACUCGAUCACAACCGCGUGUGCGCCCUGCCGCCGGGAGCUUUCGCCGGGGCGGGCGCGCUGCUCUUCCUGGACCUGAGGGAAAACGGGCUCCGGUCGGUGCACGGGCGAGCUUUCUGGGGUCUCGGCGCGCUGCAGUGGCUGGACCUGAGCGCCAACCAGCUGGAAGCUCUGGCUCCUGGCACCUUCGUGCCACUGCGCGCGCUGCGUUCCCUCUCCCUGGCCAGCAAUCGUCUGGCGCAACUGGAGCCUGCGACCCUGGGCGCGCUCCCGCUGCUGCGCGCGCUCAGCUUGCAGGACAACGCGCUGUCGGCGCUCGCGCCCGGCCUGCUGGACGGCCUGCCCGCCCUCGACGCGUUGCGCCUGCGCGGCAACCCCUGGACGUGCGGCUGCGCUCUGCGCCCGCUCUGCACCUGGCUUCGCAGGCACCCGCGUCCGGAGUCAGAGGCCAAGACCCUACUCUGCGUGUCUCCGAGGCGCCAGACACUCAGCCCACUCACUGCCUUUUCCGACGCCGCCUUCAGACACUGUGUCCAGCCGCUUGCCGCGCGAGACCUGGCGGUGAUCUACGCGGUCGGGCCUGUUUCUUUCCUCGCCAGCCUGGCCACCUGCCUAGCACUGGGCUCGGUGCUCACCGCUUGCCGCGCGCGCCGUCGCCGCCACCGCACCUUAAUGCGCCGCUCACCAAAGAAAGCUCCCGAACCCGAGGGCCCUCCCUCCACGGAUCCUGGGAGCCCAGCCGCUGCAGUUGCCCGAGUCUGAGAGGGGCCUGCGGUUGUUCCGGGCACCCCUGCAGCUUUCUACACUCUGGAAGCUCUUCCCAACCCCUGGUCCUCCCUUCACCCUCUCAGCAGGCGUCAACAAGUGACACAGACCAGAAAUUUUCGUGACAUUCCUUUAGGCAUCACCACUGAAUCCCGGGGUUGGGGGUGGCUGUGCGCCCCCGGCCCCCCUGGGGGUAGAGGGGCAGUGCAUUGCUGCGCACGGGCCGCGCUGGGAAGGCACGCGCUUGGACACUGGGAGGGCUGGUCAUAUACAAGGUGGUGGGUGAGUGGCACUCAGAAGA